UCUCAGGAAACAGGUUUUUAUGAUGUGGUUCGCCUCCCAGCCUGAUUCUGGAAGACCCUUACCUUAACUCAGGCAUUCCUUUGCACUGAUUCCUGGUCUUUUGGACAAAGCCUAACUCUUUCAGCCAAUUGUCAACUAAAGAAUUCCUAAAUCCACCUAUUACUUGUAAACCCCUGCUUCAAGUUGUCCUGCCUUAAUCCCUAAACCCACCUGUGACCUGUAAGCCUCCGCUUUGAGGUGUCCCACCUUUUUGGACCAAACCAAUGUAUGCCUUCCGUGUAUUGGUUUAUGACUUUACCGGUAAGCCCCGUCUCCCUGAAAUGGAUAAAACCAAACUGCAAACCACAGCGAGUCCACUUGCUCAAGGUUUCUUGAGCGUGGCUCCAGGUCAUGGGCCUCCAAUCUGGCUCAGAAUAAACCUCCUUAAAUUAUUUUACAGAGUUUUUCUUCUUUUCUGUUGACACCGCUCAGCACCUGUGGUUGAGGACAUCUGAGGCAGGUCCCCUGCUAGGUGCAAGCAUUGUACAUUUAUGAUCUACAUUUAAUGGUUAGAGACAAUUUGUGAAAUGAGUGACCUGGAAGAUGAUGAGACCCCCCAGCUUUCUGCCCGUACCUUAGCAGCUCUCCAGGAGUUUUACGCUGAACAAAAGCAACAGACUGACCUAGGUGGGGAUGAUAAAUAUAACAUCGGAAUAAUAGAAGAGAACUGGCAAUUGAGCCAGUUUUGGUACAGUCAGGAAACUGCUUUGCGACUCGCACAGGAGGCCAUUGCCGCCACUGGACAAGGUGGCAGAAUAGCAUGUGUGAGUGCCCCCAGCGUGUACCAGAAACUCAGAGAGCUGCACAGAGAAGACUUUUCAAUAUACAUCUUUGAAUAUGACAAAAGAUUUGCCAUGUAUGGAGAGGAGUUUAUCUUCUAUGAUUACAAUAAUCCAUUGGAUUUACCUGAAAAAAUUGCUGCACAUAGUUUUGACAUCGUAAUAGCGGAUCCUCCCUAUCUUUCUGAAGAAUGUCUCAGAAAAACGUCAGAAACCAUCAAGUACCUCACUCAGGGCAAGAUUCUGCUGUGCACUGGUGCCAUCAUGGAAGAACUGGCGGCAGAACUCCUUGGAGUGAAGAUGUGCAAGUUUAUUCCAAAACAUACCCGAAACUUGGCAAAUGAGUUUUGCUGUUAUGUGAAUUAUGAGUCUGGGCUAGACUGUGGUCUCUAAGUACAGAUAGUGACAUAACACAGUAAAGGACCCUUGGCACA